GUAUAGAUACCGAUAGAUAUUUACAGAGCUAGAUUGAUCCAUCUAUCAGCCAGAGAUACCCGGCGGCCCGCCUCGCUCCGUGUGUGUAGAUCCAUACAUAGCGCUAUUGAGUUCUUCCAUCUCUCCGGCUCUUUGCUGACUUAUUUGAUGAUUUUUUAGCGUUUUUUUUUUUUUUUUUUUAAAUCUCGCUCCUUUUUUUUUUUUCCUCCUUCCUUUUUUUUUUCUUCCAUUUUCCCCCUUUUUUCUUUUUUUCCUCCUUUUUUUCCGUCUUUUUUCUCUUUUUUUCACUUUUUCCUCCUUCUUUUUUCCUCCUUUUUCCUCCUUUUUUUCCUUCUUUUUUCCUCCUUUUUUCUUCUCUUUUUCUCAUUUUCUUCUCUUUUCCCCUCUUUUUUCCCCUCUUUUCUCCUUUUAUUCUUUUUUUCUCCCUCCUUUUUUCCUCCUUUUAUUCCUCUUUUUCCUCCUCUUUCCUUUCCUUUCCCUUAUUUUCCCUCCCUUUCCCCCCUCCUUUUCUCCCCCUUUUAUUCCUCUUUUUUCCCCUUUUCCUUUCCUUUCCCUUAUUUUUCCUCCUUUUAUUCCUUCUUUCCCCCCCCCUCCCACUGUGUGUGUGUGUGUGCCUUGAAAGCGAGCGGGAUCAGCAGAGCAUCUGCACUUGGACUUUUUUUUGGGGGGGGGGGAGGGGGGAAAGGGGGAAACUUUAUUCCUUUUUCCCCCUUUUAAACUUUUUUUAAUCCCCUCCCCAACUUUUUGCACUCCCCCCAUUACGUUUUGGGGAGGGGGGGGGCGGGGUGGGGGGCUCCGCGUUGUGCUUAUUUUCCCCUUCUCCCCCCUCUCUCCUUUUUAUUCGCCUCCAUCCCUCUGUCAAACUGACGCCGGGCAAGAGCAAACUUUUCGCAGAGGGACGGAGCAAAAACCGCUUUUAGCCUUCUUCCACAGAUAUAUAUAUAUAUUUUUAAAAUCCAUUUUUUUUUUAAUUUUUAUUCUUAUUUUUACCAUUUUCUCUCAUUUCCCGUACUGUUCUCCUACCAGAAGCGGGGGCUCUCCCGCCCCCCCCCCCCCUCCCCUUUUUCCCCCCCGGACCCCCCAAGCAGGGUCGGCUGCGCUCUCCGCGCUCUCCCUCCGCUUUAUUCCCCCCCGCGCGUCUGUGUGUGUUUGUGCGUGCGGGUGCGAGCGCGGUGCCUGUCAAGGGGCUGUUUCUCUCCCCACCCUCCUCCUCCUCCUUCUUCCAAAUAUGCUUUUUGAAAGUUUUGAUCUCGUCUCGGCACUGGCUACCCUCGCGGCGUGCUUGGUGUCACUGACUUUGCUGCUGGCCGUGUCCCAACAGCUGUGGCAGCUCCGCUGGGCUGCCACCCGCGACAAAACCUGCAAGCUACCAAUCCCUAAAGGCUCUAUGGGAUUCCCUUUAAUCGGAGAAACCUUCCACUGGCUCCUGCAGGGUUCGUGCUUCCAGUCUUCGCGACGGGAGAAGUACGGCAACGUGUUCAAGACGCACCUUUUGGGGCGGCCGCUGGUGAGGGUGACGGGAGCGGAGAACGUGCGGAAGAUUCUGAUGGGGGAACACCACCUGGUGAGCACCGAAUGGCCGCGCAGCACCCGCAUGCUGCUGGGACCCAACACCGUGGCCAACUCCAUCGGGGACAUCCAUCGGCACAAGAGGAAGGUUUUCUCCAAAAUCUUCAGCCACGAGGCUCUGGAGAGCUAUCUCCCCAAGAUCCAGUUGGUGAUCAAAGACACCCUGCGGGCUUGGAGCAGCAACCCCGAUCCCAUCAACGUCUACCAUGAGGCCCAGAAGCUCACCUUCCGCAUGGCCAUCCGCGUCCUGCUGGGCUUCCACAUCCCCGACGAGGAGCUCAGCCGUCUCUUCGAGGUCUACCAGCAGUUUGUGGAGAAUGUCUUCUCCUUGCCUGUGGAUCUGCCCUUCAGUGGCUACAGGAGGGGCAUCCGGGCACGUGAGACACUGCAGAGGGGGCUGGAGAAAGCCAUCCAGGAGAAACUUCAGAACACACAGGGUAAGGACUACGCCGAUGCACUGGACAUCCUGAUAGAGAGCGGCAAAGAACACGGCAAGGAGCUCACCAUGCAGGAGCUUAAGGACGGCACCCUGGAGCUCAUCUUCGCCGCCUACGCCACCACGGCCAGCGCCAGCACCUCUCUCAUCAUGCAGCUGCUCAAACACCCGCGGGUGCUGGAGAAGCUGCGGGAGGAGCUGCGCAGCAAAGGCAUCCUGCACAAUGGCUGCAUCUGCGAGGGCUCCCUGCGCCUCGACAACAUCAGUGGCCUUCACUACCUGGACUGUGUCAUCAAGGAGGUGCUUCGCCUCUUCACCCCCAUCUCCGGCGGGUACCGGACGGUGCUGCAGACCUUUGAGCUGGAUGGUUUCCAGAUCCCAAAAGGCUGGAGUGUGAUGUACAGCAUCCGGGACACCCAUGACACUGCCCCUGUCUUUAAGGAUGUGGACGUCUUCGACCCCGACCGCUUCGGGCAGGGCCGCAGCGAGGACAAGGAGGGCAGGUUCCACUACCUCCCCUUUGGAGGGGGUGUACGGACCUGUCUGGGCAAACACUUGGCCAAGCUCUUCCUCAAGGCCCUGGCCAUCGAGCUGGCCAGCAGCAGCCGCUUCGAGCUGGCCACCAGGACUUUCCCCAAAAUCACCUUGGUGCCCGUGGUCCACCCGGUCGACGGACUCAAGGUUAAAUUCUUCGGACUGGAUUCCAACCAGAACGAGAUCCUGACGGGGACGGACGUCAUGUUGGGGGCCACUGUGUAGAGCCCACCAGGGAUGGGAGGCUGGGGAUGGAGGGGUGGGGUGGGGACAGGGGGAUGAACAGGAGGGGAGAGGAACGAGGAGCUUCUCCACGACGCUCACUUGGCAGAGCCUCCAGGUUGGGACUGUUUCCUCCACCGGCAAAGCUGCCAAAAUCCUUCUGCUCCGGGCAUGGAGGAGCUUGGGGUGGCAUCGUGCCUCUCGCUUCCUCCAGAAAGAGGAAGAGUUGUGAAUCCCGAGUAGAACUGGGACUGUCUGACCAUACACAGUAUCUAAAUAUUAUAAAUAUAUAUAUAUAAAUAUCUAUAAAACACUUCUGCUGCCAGGAGGAGCGCUGCGAAGCCCCGACGGUGGGAAAGGCUUUGGGAACCAGCUGGCAGCCAGUGGUCUGGUGGCCCGGCGUGGCCCGCCAAGCUUGUUUUUAACAGUGUUAAAUUAGCUGGUGAUAACAGUGUUUUAUUUUUGUUGUUGUUGUUGUUCGUUUGUUUGGUUGUGUUUUUUUUUUUAUUAUUUCGGGGCUCUGGGGGCUGCCCUGGGUGAAGGGGAGAUGAGUGAUGCUCAUUCACAUCCCAUGCCCUUGGGCAGGUUUGGGGGAGUGUUGCCAUUUCACCUCUGCCGCGGGACCAAAAAACCCUGUGGUGCCUUGUCUGGGGCUGAGCCUUCCCUCCAAAGCCUUGGAUGAGCGUGGUUUGGGGUAGGGGGGGAGCUCCAUUUUUUUUUUUCUCCUUGAGUUUCCUGCUGCUGCUACACAUCCUGUGUGCACCGCUCCCCCCUCCCCACGCAGAGGCAUCCGUUUGGGAGCAUUUCGGUGCCUUUGCUCUCCCUCAGGGUGCGGGCACCUCCGCGAUCUGCCGCAGCUCUGUGAGCACCGAGCUGCUCCGCUUGGGUGCACCCUCUUCCACGGGAGGCAUUUUUUGCAUUAAAGGUGAUGUCUAUAAAUAA